UUUCCUCGGUGGUGGCUCUGGGAGCGAGCAUCAUCUGUAACAAGAUCCCGGGGCUCGCCCCCCGGCAGCGGGCGAUCUGCCAGAGCAGGCCCGACGCGAUCAUCGUCAUCGGGGAGGGGUCCCAAAUGGGCAUCAACGAGUGCCAGUUCCAGUUCCGCAACGGGCGCUGGAACUGCUCUGCCCUGGGAGAGAGGACCGUCUUCGGGAAGGAGCUCAAAGUGGGGAGCAGAGAGGCCGCGUUCACCUACGCCAUCAUCGCGGCCGGGGUGGCACAUGCCAUCACUGCUGCCUGCACGCAGGGCAACCUGAGCGACUGUGGCUGUGACAAGGAGAAGCAGGGACAGUACCACAAAGAGGAAGGCUGGAAAUGGGGAGGCUGCUCCGCUGACAUCCGAUACGGGAUCGGGUUCGCCAAGGUCUUUGUGGACGCCCGGGAGAUCAAACAAAACGCCAGGACGCUCAUGAACCUGCACAACAACGAGGCCGGGAGGAAGAUUCUGGAAGAAAACAUGAAGUUAGAGUGCAAGUGCCACGGGGUCUCAGGAUCCUGUACCACUAAAACAUGCUGGACAACCCUGCCCAAAUUCCGGGAGCUGGGCUACAUCCUGAAGGACAAGUACAACGAGGCCGUUCAGGUGGAGCCCGUGCGGGCGAGUCGCAACAAGCGCCCGACCUUCCUCAAAAUCAAGAAGCCCCUUUCCUACCGCAAACCCAUGGAUACAGACUUGGUGUACAUAGAGAAAUCCCCCAACUAUUGUGAAGAAGACCCUGUCACGGGCAGCGUGGGCACACAGGGCAGGAUGUGCAACAAGACAGCCCAGCAGUCCAACGGCUGCGACCUGAUGUGCUGCGGCCGGGGGUACAACACCCACCAGUACUCGCGGGUGUGGCAGUGCAACUGCAAGUUCCACUGGUGCUGCUACGUCAAGUGCAACACGUGCAGCGAGAGAACAGAGGUCUAUACCUGUAAGUGAGCACGUGGGCACGGCCCUGGCCACGGAUACCUUUGCACAUGCACUCAACGGACCGACACGAGGCUGCAGGGCAGACCUGCUCUCCCAGGAGAACUGCUGGUGGACGGAGGCCCCUCGUUUCUUCUCACGUUUCAUCGCUUGUGUGGAUACACAUUUCGGACUCAUAAAGUCGGCCAAGAAAGAAAACCAAACAAACCCCACCCUGAGCCACCUGACACAUAAAAGAGAGAGAAAAAGAUCAUCUCGGUUAACCUGCACCUCUAAAGGAAGAAGCAUUGACUGCCUUGUGGAGACACACCAGUCAGGGAGAAAUCUCUGAGGGUGGCAACUGACUCCUGGUUUGGAAAAGAGAUGGUCAAAUAUAAGGAGCAGGGAGGGAUAGGGGAGAAAUCCCCCCAGAAGGGCUUUGCACAGGAUGGGAUGGACAGAGCCCCACCG